AUGCUGCCAUGGGCGAUAGCUCGCAACGCGACGCGAGGGUAUUCGUAUGGCCGUUCAUCAGCUGCAGCAACAACAGCAGCCGCCGGCAAGGUCGCUCAGCGAAUUACCUCAUCUCUUGCGUCGUCUGGGUGCGUUGCUGAGGACGACGCCCAGACCGAAACGGGCAAGGACACUCCAGAUGAGCAGAUCUCUGCAGACGAUAGGAACGGACGCAAGACCGGUUGCAAGCCACGGACAUGUAACGAGGCGGCGGGUAGAAGCCAUCCGUCUUGUUCUAUUCUGUUCAAACUGUAG